ACCUUUUGCGGUAUAUAUCGCAAAAGUCGGUAUUUUAUGCCCUUGCCAUGCGCCAACGCAAGCCUUGGUAUUUUUCGGCAUUUGUCGAACGGUCGCACGCGAGGUGCAUAUACCAAAAAUCAUAAACAAAAUUAACCCCAUAAACAGAUAGCGCUGUUGCCCAGCGCUCCCCACCAGGCCAGCAAGCUGAGUGCCACCAGAACAAACCCGGACACGGAGGAGGAGGAGGAGCAGGCAGGCAAGAUGGCGGAAGAACCCUCCGACGAUGAGAACUCGGAGCCCACGCCCAAGAAGAUCAAGCGGGAGUGGUCGAAGAGCUACUCGAACAAGGCCAUGGAGAUGAUGAAGAAGAUGGGCUACGAGAACGACAAGGGCCUGGGCAAGAGCAACCAGGGUCGCCUGGAGCCGAUCAUUGCCGUGCAGCAGGACGGACGUCGCGGCUUUGGCCUCAAGCUGGACGCCAUCACAUCUUUGGCCGGCGGCCAGUGGGAUCCGAAUCGCGAGGAGCUGGACAUACCGGAGCCAGUGCUGUGGCUGACCAACCUGGGCGGCGGUGCCCUGGCCUACACCGCGGAACAGUUGCAGGGCCACGUUGUGCUCGGCCCCAAGAAGCGUACGCUGAACGGCGAGACCCUCUACUGCGAUCCCACAAUCCUGAGCCACAUCCUCGAUGCCAAGACGGUCUUCGAUGAUCUCAACGACAGCGAAAAGAGGCGGGCGCGGUCGCGCUGCAAUCCGUUCGAGACCAUACGCAGCUCCAUCUUCCUGAAUCGCGCCGCCGUGAAGAUGGCCAACAUAGACUCCAUGUGCGACUACAUGUUCACCAAUCCCCGCGACACCGACGGUCGCUCGCUGGUGGCCGCCGACGAGCUGCUCUACUUUACGGAUAUGUGUGCAGGUCCUGGCGGCUUCUCCGAGUACGUGCUGUUCCGCAAGUCCUGGGAGGCCAAGGGCUUCGGCUUCACCCUGCGCGGCGCCAACGACUUCAAGCUGGAAAAGUUCUUUGCCGCCUCGCCCGAGUCUUUCGAUGCCUUCUACGGCAUCAAGGAGGACGGCAACAUAUUCGACGAGUCCAAUCAGGACUCGUUGAACGAGUACAUCCGUCGCCAUACCCCGCAGGGCGUUCACUUCGCCAUGGCCGACGGUGGCUUCUCGGUGGAGGGGCAGGAGAACAUCCAGGAGAUUCUCUCCAAGCAGCUGUACCUCUGCCAGUUUCUCACCGCCCUGAAGAUACUGCGCGAGAACGGCAGCUUCGUGUGCAAGGUGUUUGACCUCUUCACGCCGUUCAGCGUGGGCCUGGUCUAUCUGAUGUACAAGUGCUUCCACCAGAUCGCCAUCAUCAAGCCGAACAGCAGCAGGCCGGCCAAUUCGGAGCGCUACUUGGUCUGCAAGUACAAGCGCUCAGAGGCGGAGACGGCGGCCAUAACCGGCUACCUAAAUGCGAUCAAUCGCAUGCUCAACGAGGAGGAGGACGAGGGCAGCGACGUCCAGGAGAUCUUCAAUGCCAGCGAAUUGGCCGAGGACGAGGACUUCCUGCGCUACAUCAUCGAUUCGAACAAUGCCAUUGGCAAGAAGCAGAUUGUGGGCCUCCAGAAGAUCGCCGCCUUCGCCCAGAAUCCCGAGCUGAAGGAGACCCGCCAGUCGGAGGUGCGCCAGGAGUGCCUCAAGCGCUGGAGCCUGCCCGACAAGCUGCGCCAGGCGCCCGAAAUCAAGCCGACGGAGCGUUUGCUUGAAGAGUUGCUGGCCGACUGGGCAAAGGAACGCACCUGGAUGAACCGGGCGCCGGCCGAGCUAUGCGGCGUGGCGACGCUGGACAGCGAAGUGCAGAAUGUCUCUGAUUGGUAUUUUGUGCCCGUUGGACGCGAGGAGACCAACCUCAACGCCUGCACCCUGUUCCUGUGCCGCUCGCGCGGCAAUCUCCUGCGCUACACCGAGCACAAGAAGUGGGAGCUCGUCGAGACGCCCUUCGAGGUGCAGCCGCGCUCCAUCUUCUUUGGCCAGAUCGUGUACGAGUUCUACGGCGAGGGACGCACCAUCCAGCGGGUGGCAGCCUUGCACAUCAUCGACGGGAUCUGCCUGGGCGGCAUCGAUAUCCGGCGGCGGUCGUUCCGCGACCGGGUCAGCAUGUGCGACAAGUACGCACGCAGCCUGAACAAGCCUCACCGCAAGGAGCGCACCUUCGGGGCGCUGCGCAGCAAGCCCUUCUUCCCGCUGAGCGACCUGGAUGUGUUCUUCGCCGAGAUGCGCCGCUACGUGCUGAAGGACAACUCGAAGCGCUUCGGCUAUGCCCUCGACGACGACAGCAAGUUUUUUGUGCCCGGCGGGCUGCUGCUCUUCCGCGAGCUUACCUCCAACUACGUGUCGGCGCACUCGCGCUCCCGCAACCAGCUGUACUACUUCAACGUGAAGAACAAGGAGUCGUACUACAAGGACCAGAUACCCAGCAAGAAGGCCCUCGAGAUCUUCGCCUCGUUCCGCUACAGCUACUGCGGUCGCCUGCUCUGGAAGUGGACGGACCUGCGGCAAGUGGACGAGCAUGCCACCGAGGAGGACCCGCAGAUUCUUUACCGCAGCGAUUUUGUGCAGUUUAUAGCGCACAAGAUGAGCCAGUGUUAGUGGAGAAGCCGCUUUUCCCGGGGAAGCGUAGCCUUAAGUCAAAACCACGUUUUUAUUUUUUUUUGUAUCCUGCUUUUACUUAUUCGAUUUAAGUAUGUGGGGCGCAGGAACUGAUGAGCAUGAGGAUUAUUUUGUUUGUCUGACGAUCACAACAUACAUUUACAUUAAUUUUUAAUCAUAAAUUGUCAUGCCAACUGUUUUAUUUCUAAAGAUCCUACCAAAGUUA